AUGGGGCACGAAGUCCCAGAAGAAAUAGAAAAAAAAUAUCUUCCAACGUCUUCUGAUAUCUCUGUUUCUAAAGAUAUGGUUUUGAAUGAGGAAAAACCAGUAGAAAGUCAUGAUUUUUCAAAAAUACAUUUAAAAGUUAAUAAUGAAAAUAUAAAUCAAGAAGAUAAUAAAACAAGUGAAAAUGAUAUUAAGGAAGGUUGUAUGAAUAAUUCUACUACGGAAAAGCCCAAAAAUGGAGAAAUUGAUGGAUCUUUGGGUGAAAAAGUUACAGCAGAAUCAGGAUCUUCGAGUAAUUCAUUCUCAUUAAAAACACAUAAAAGAAAACGCUUAUCACAUGAUCGUGUUGGUCAGUUAGAAGAUCAAAUUGCUUUUGAUGAAAGGGACUCUUCUUCUUGGCUAAAACUGAUUAAGGAAUAUCAAAAUAGAAACAAAAUUGAUCAAGCAAGAAAUACGUAUGAGCGUUUUUUGAAAGUUUUUCCUACUGCAGCUCAGCAAUGGAUUGAUUAUGCUGAUAUGGAGUUAACAAAUAAUGAAUUCAUUCGUGUGGAAACUAUUUUUUCUAGAUGUUUAAGGUCUGUUUUAAGCGUUGAUCUAUGGAAGUUUUAUUUAGAUUAUAUUCGUCGUGUCAACAAUGUUUCAACUGGUGGUUCUCAAGCUCGAUUAGUUAUAUCUCAGGCCUAUGAAUUUGUUUUAGCACAUGUUGGAAUUGAUAAAGAUUGUGGAUCUAUAUGGUCAGAUUAUAUCAAUUUUGUAAAAACAGCAGAGAGGAAUUCUACAUGGGAAGAACAACAAAGAAUAGAUCAUAUUCGUCGUAUUUAUCAUCGAGCUAUAUCUGCACCAAUUGCAAAUAUUGAGACCUUAUGGCGAGAGUACGAUACUUUUGAAAAUAAUGUUAAUAGGUCUACUGCUAGGAAAUUUCUUUCAGAAAAAAGUUCAACUUAUAUGUUAGCACGAACUGCAUGGAAAGAUAUGUCUACAAUGACUGUUGGAUUUCGGGCUACUACUAUUCCAAAAGUUCCCAUUUGGACAGAGAAAAAUGUUGAAGAAGUUGAACAAUGGAAAAAAUGGAUUGAAUGGGAAAUAUCGAAUCCUUUAGAUCUUAAAUUGAAGCAAGCCGUUUCUGCACGAGUGAAAUAUGCAUAUAAACAGGCUAUGAUUACUUUAAGAUUUUUUCCUGAAAUUUGGUUUUCUGCAGCGGAAUAUUGGCUGUCUUUAAAUGAGGAAAAAGAAGCUAUAGAAAUAAUGAAAAAUGGAAUGAUUGCAAAUUCUACUAGUUGUUUACUUCAUUUCCAAUAUGCUGACUUUUUAGAACAAAAUAAACGAUUUCAAGAGAUGAGGACAGUUUAUGAAACACUUAUUGGAAACCUUUCAAAGGAAUCUAAAAGAAUUUCACAGUGUGUAGAAAAUCGGCUAUAUGAAGUUUCUAAAUAUUUAGAAUAUGUAAAAUCCCAAGAUCCUGUUGAAGAAGGUGAAAUACAAAAGUUAUCUCCAAAAAAGGAACUACAAAAUAUUGAAAAACAAGGGAUAGAAGAAUUAAAUAAAUUAUCAAAGAAUACAUCUGUUGUAUGGAGUGUUUUUAUGAGAGCAGUUAGAAGAGCAGAAGGCAUAAAAGCAGCAAGACAAGUUUUCGGAAAAGCUAGAAAAGCGCCUAAUCAAACCUAUCAUAUUUAUGUAGCUUCCGCGUUGAUGGAAUAUCAUUGCAGUAAAGAUUCUACAAUAGCCAGUAAAAUUUUUGAUUUAGGACUUAAAAGUUUUGGAAAUGAUCCAGAUUAUGUGUUGCAUUAUUUAACAUUUUUAAUAAAUACUAAUGAUGAUACGAAUGCAAGAGCUUUAUAUGAGAAAACAAUUACCCAUCUUGAUUCAUUGGCUGUUAAGCAAUUACAUGAAAAAUUAUAUAUCUAUGAAUCUAUAUAUGGCGAUCUUUCAACAACUAUAAAAUUACACUCAAGGAUGGCUGAGCUUUAUCCUAAUGAUUCUUCUAUAUUAAGGUUUUCUAAAAGAUUUAAGUUUUAUAAUUUAGACAUAAUUCUGGAAAAAGAUUUAGGAGUGGAAUUCAAUUCUCCUCUUUUAUUAGAAUCUACAUGGAUGCAUAAUAAUACUUUUCAGUUAAAUGUUGACUUUAGAAAAAAAAAUUUAAGUACUUCUUUAUUAACAACUAACGACAAAUCCUUUAAUCUUCCUGAACCUAUUUUAUAUUUUUUAAGUAUUCUUCCUCCUGCUUCUUUAUAUACUGGGGCUACUUUCAAGAUUGAUGAGCUUAUGAAAUUGAUUUCUGAUGUGGAUGUUUCUUCAUUUUUUAAAAAAAAAAGUAACUGUAUUAAAUAAACAUAAAAAUUCUGAUGAUGAUUCUAAACAUUAAUAAUAAAAAUUAUGUUUAUUUUUAGGUUUAUGUCAAUUAUAUAACAUUUGGAAUGAUAAAAUUCCUUAAAAAUGAAUUAUGGAAAUAUUAUAAAUCAGUAUUUUAAUACUGAGGCAUUUUAUCAUAUAAUUUAUUAUGUUUUUUAAAUCUGUUCCAUUUAUCAUAAAAAAUUCAUAACUAUGAUAUUUAAAAUUAGCUAUUUUCUCUAAAACUUUUUGAUGUA